GGCUGCGGCGGGCGCCGGCCUCAGUCCGGUGUGGGCCCAGUGCCGUGAGGAGCUGCCCCCGGACCCUCCGGACCGGGGACCGGGGCCGCCCUGCCUCCGUUUCUCCCCGUCCGUCCCUCCCAGGGCCCGUGUCGUCCUCGAGGCGCCAUGGCGGAUCCCGCCCCGAACGGCCCUCAGGCGGCCGCCGGCGCGGUGCAAUUUAUGAUGACCAAUAAGUUGGACACCGCAAUGUGGAUUUCUCGCCUGUUCACAGUUUAUUGUUCUGCUUUAUUUGUGCUUCCUCUUCUUGGGUUGCACGAAGCGGCCAGCUUCUACCAGCGCGCCUUGUUGGCCAACGCUCUGACCAGUGCCCUCCGCCUGCACCAGAGGCUGCCGCACUUCCAACUGAGCAGGGCUUUCUUGGCCCAGGCUCUGUUAGAGGACAGCUGCCACUACCUUUUGUACUCGCUCAUCUUUGUCAACUCCUACCCUGUCACAAUGAGUAUCUUCCCAGUCCUGCUGUUCUCGCUGCUUCAUGCUGCUACCUACACGAAGAAGGUCUUGGACGCCAAAGGGUCAGAUAGCUUGCCUCUUCUGAGAUCCCUUUUGGAGAAGUUAAAUGCUAACCAGCAGAACAUUCUGAAAUUCAUUGCCUGCAAUGAAAUUUUCUUGAUGCCGGCUACAGUUUUUAUGCUUCUCAGUGGUCAAGGAAGCCUCCUCCAGCCUUUUAUAUACUACAGGUUUCUCACUCUGCGUUACUCUUCCCGAAGAAAUCCAUAUUGCCGGACUCUGUUUAACGAGCUGAGGAUCGUGGUGGAGCACCUCAUCAUGAAGCCCUCGUGUCCCCUGGUGCUGAGAAGACUUUGUCUGCACAGCAUCGCCUUCAUCAGCAGACUGGCGCCCACGGUAGCGUAGGGCCGGGCGCGGGCAGCCCGGCGGGCACGGUCCCGGCGGCCGACUCUCCUGCUCCGGGCUGCCGCUUCCCUUCCCGUCCCUCCCCACCCCGGGGGUCACGCUGGUCUCAGAACAGGUUGUGUAAACGGAGCCCUCCCCCACCCUGCUCCCUGUUUCUCUGUGAAAAAAGACUCCGUUUUGUCACGUC